UCGGAAGUCCCCGCCGACCUCGUCGCGGCAAUCUACGCUGUGAACGUCACGCCGCUUGAUGCCCCUCUGCACUUCCUCAGCCCCUCGGAUGACCUGGUUGAGCUCCUCUUCGACAAGACCCCGCUAUGGGAAGACCAAGGCUGGAUUGAUGUCGCCUCUUCUGACUAUAUGCGGGCCCUCCUGAACAGAUUGCGUCAACGCUGUGCUCCCACCUCCUUCGGAAAAAUCACAACACCCCACCUCUGGAAGGCCCUUGAGUCCGCACGGCAAUAUAUGUCCAACGCGCUUCAACCUUCCCUCCCCCAGACGGGCCCGAUUGACCUGGCACGCGACCCCCGCUUCGACGUCUCUGGAGCUCGACUUUGCUCUCUAACCCAAGCCCUGGCCUACAAAGGUAUCAUUGCCUGGACUGCUGCACCUGUACGCGCAGUUACGGCCAAGAAUAUUGAUGCACUACGGACUCACAACGCUGCUAGUAUGGGCACCCUCUCGGACAGCGCACUAUGGACUAGCUUGCGCCACCGGGACUUCAGCCGAGCUUUUUCGAUCUUCCUGUGGAAAAGUGUACAUGGUGCAUUACGAUGCGGGCCUUACUGGCUCAAGAUCACCAACUACACCACCCGCGCGAACUGUAGUUUCUGCGGCCUUCUUGAGACGCCGUCCCAUAUCCUUUUUGACUGCACGGCAACCGGUCAAGAACUUAUCUGGCAUAUAAUUGCCACACUGUGGAAGAAGAAGGGCCUUCCUUGGCCGGCCAUCUCCAUCCUCGACGUCCACUCUCUCGGACUGAAGCUCUGGACAGAUCAGAAAAGCCGUGUCAGGAUUGGCGCGACACGCCUCUGGCGGAUCCUGAUUUCGGAGGCCUCUCACCUCAUCUGGAAACUCCGCUGUGAAAGAGUCAUCGGCCACUCUGAUGAGCCAGGCUGGGAGCAUAAUGACCAACAAAUCCGACGACGCCUCGCCUACACAUUGAACAACCGUCUCCUAAUAGAUGUUGCCGCAACUCAGAGGAAGUUCGAAAAGUUGGCGCGCAACUCCGAACUCGUGAUCGCAACGUGGAAUAGUACGAUCCACGAUGAACUAGCGCUCCCGGACGACUGG